GUGUUGGAGCACUGCUGGCACGUUCCGAUGUUUUUUUUUGUCCUGGCGCGAGCCGUGUUGGGAAGGAACACUCGCGAAAGCAACGACCUUUUGUUCCAAGUCUUCGUUUCUUGUUCCCGCGCCAUUGUCGUGUCACCGUUCACGUCCUGUCCUUCAUUCAAUUUCAACGAAACGCCGCCGGGCGCACGGAAACGGAAAACUCAGCCCUAGCCUCGCGCCAGGCCCCACUCUGCCACUCGCGCAUCCGAAUGUGAAUCUGGAUCGGCUGCCUGCUUUGUUAUUGGCAGUUGGACAGCCCUGGAAAAGUUUUCAUGGAGGAUGAUAGAGACGUAGACUUCUGUCGUCUGGGUGAUUCUUCGAUCGUUUUUGUGCUGACCAUGCUGUGACCUGCAAGAACGUUUGCUCUAACAGUGACUGACUUUGGCUAACAACAUGUGUCGACCCACGUCAGCCCGUUAGUGCUCGCGUCAUGGACCUGCCGUCGCCCUGAUGUUGCGAAUGGAUAACCUCACCGAGCAUGAAUCAGACCCCUAGGCCCCCAGCCCCAGCCCCUGCCUGUGUUCUGUGUUGUGUAAUUGCCGUGACACCGAGAAGCUGCCCCAUGCCUCAGAAUGGAGCCCCAUCCGUGUAGCGACCGGGACGGCGCGGUGCUCGACACGGGGCAAAGGCAGCUUGCGGGCCCCGACGGGGCAGCCUCAGCCCCAGCCUCGGCCGCCACAGAUAAACUGACAGGAGGGUGCAAUCAAGAUGGCCCGAAGAAUGCACCCGAGUCAACAGACGAGGCUUUGGGGGAAGCGUCGGCACAGGCAGCGGAAGAAACUCACUCCGAGUGUAGUUCUCCCGCAGUCCUGCAAGAGAAGACAAGCGAAGAGUGUGCUGGAAGUGACGGUGCUGUAAACAUUGUACGUGGAAGUGCUGAGUGUUCCGAAGAGAACGCAGAGAUGACUGGUGUUUGUGAAUUCAAGAGCGUUACACCAAUCAUUGUUAUUGAGCAUGAUAGUGCUGAAAGCGGGGAAGGUGACAACUCGAAUGAUGACGAUAUGGACCCUUUGAUUACCAUUGAUGAUACUGAGUCUCAAUCGUCUGAUCUAAUCAACUUCGAUACAGUUUCAUAUGAUGUAAUGUGUCAGCAUGGCGGGGAAGACGAUGAUGACGAAAAAAGCAUUGCUACUCUUUCAAGUCUUUCCUGUGAUAUCAAAGUGGACUCACCGUCUAAACAUUCUCAGGCCUCAAACUCAUCAGGUCUCUCCAACUUAUUAGACUCCUCUAUCAAAGAAACGCUUGGCUUGGCAGUGAACCCAUCUGCACUGACUGAUGGUGCUGGAUCUGCUGCCAGUAGUUGUCCAUCCAGCCCAUCCCUUCAAUCUUCAAAGACGGUGUCCUCUGCAGUGGAUGAAAGCAUUUCCGAAGCAUUUAUGAAUGUGUUGCAAAUAAGUGAAGCAGAUGAAGCAAGACUUGUUAAUUGUGAUAGUAAAGUAUUAAGCGAAAAGGACUCUGAAGAUAGUUGCAGAGUGGAAAGUGAAGAAUCUGCUUGUGCUGUUAGAGCUGCAUCCCCACAGUCAGUGGAUGUUUUCAGAGACCCCAAUCCUGUUGAAGAAACCAUUGACAUUCAAUGUGGAGAUCUUGUAUUAGAUUCCAAUGGUGCCGAAGAAAUGUCAUGUCCUGUUGUAGAAAACCUGUCUCACUCCAAUGCUGAAAAUAACUUAAGAUGUUCUCCUAAUGAAUCUAACAUUGAAUUGCAAAUGUACGAUGGUGACCAUAAUAUUUCUGAAUCCUUAAAUGUACCUGAAAUCUCUAUAUUAAACUCUCCUGAGGAUGAUAUAGACAUGCAUAAGGAGGAUGCUGUGAAUUCCUCUCCUGAGAUAAGAGAGCCUGAACCUUCUGCUCUUCUCACACCAAAUGAAAAUGACAACCAAAAAUUCCACGAGGAAGAAAACGAAGUUAACAGUGCUGUGAUGUCUUCAAGUCUACUAACUGGAAACCAUGUGAACCAUCCGACCGAUUCAGGUGUGCAGGAUUCAAAUGAUAAUCUUGUUGGCAUUUGUGAAGGAGAAGAUAUUAUUUCAUUUAUGUUGCAUCCAGAUUCUCCUGCUAAAGUACCUGAAAUUUCCCAAAAUAUUUCAUCAACAUCAAUUGAAGAAAUAAUGUCCAUCAGUACUUCUAAUAAUGUUGACAUUAAUGUUGCACUGUCAUCAUCAACAGAGGAUGACAUCCAUUUUUCAACUGGCUCUCGUGAUGAAGCUCUUGUGUCAUCAACUUCAAAUGAAGACAAUUCUUGCUCUGCUCCUGUUGUAUCAUCAAUUUUGGAAAAUGAGGCAAAUGGAACUGAAGAACAUGUUUCUUCUCAAACGUCAAUUGUCAAUGAAAAUAUUCCACUUGAAGAAAAUAUUUCAUCUUCUACAGCCUCAUUGGUAUCUGGAGAGGAUAUAAGUGUGGAUACUUCUGAGAAAAUUACGACAAAUAUUAUGGACAGUCAAAACAUAGAAGAUGUAUCUAACUGUUCUCAAGUUGCUAGAACUCCGUCUCCUGCUGACUCUGCUCUUUCCAUGUCCAACUGUGUAACAUCAGAAGAAUCACUUCAGCGCAUGAGUUGUGAUAGCUCCAAUGGAACCAUGGAACUUAUUUCUCUGGAAGCCAUCAAUGGCGAUCUUUCAUCUACUUCGGAUGGACUUUCUGUGCCAGCUGGAAAUAUUAAUGAUGGCUUCCAAGCCAAUGGAGAUCUUACACAGUCUGCAACUGUGAUGCUUGACAGUAAAGCCAAAAAUUCUGAACCAGUUGAGAGUCCUAACUCAGGGAAAGUGGUAGAAUCACCUCUUUCUGAAGGUGCUCUUUCGGAAGAAGUAAUGAAUAAUGCACAAGAAUGUUUGAAUGUGAACUUUUCUGCAAGGUCACAAUUAGUUGAGGACUUGAAAGAAAAUUCGGACUCUAUCAGUUCACAUGCUGAGACUGGUUUCCCCAAUGAGAGUGGAUCUUUUGAAACUGUUGAGAGGCCAACAACUUUGCCUGAAAUCAAUCAAAACAAUCCAUCACCUGAGAAGUCAUCUGGCAUGAACUUCUCUGAAUUCCUUGACCUCUUCAACAUGUCAAACAGAGAAGGCCUGUCCAAACCUAAACAGUAUGAUGUUGCUACUCUUGAUGAGGCUCAACAAAUAGCAAGUUUGCUUGUGGAUGAUAUAAUACAAAUGGCAAUGAUUAAGGUAGAAGAAAAAUUGACUUCAUCAGAAUCUUUGAUUGAGGAUCGUGUUGAAGCUGUGCAAGUGGCACAAAUACUUGUUGAUGGUGUUCUUUGUGAAGCGCAUGCAAGUUUUGUUGAUGUUGGAAAGGCUGAAAUCUCUACAAUCUGUGAUAUUAAAGACAGUGGGAGCCACCACCCUGCGAGCUCCUCUGCAACUGUAGACUCUCAAGUCACUGAUAAUAUUCUCAGCACAGAACCUUGUCUUGUUAGUUUCCCAGAGAGUACUGUGAACAUCACAGAGGAAUUGCCAGAUUCUCAGAAAAAUAUUCUUAACAUUUCAGAAGACGUUUGUGAAGCAAAGACUGAGCCCAGCCAGGAGGAGAGCCAGGCCAUUGCUGACGAAAAUCUGCCUUGCAUUGCUGAAACGACUUCUAACAUCAAUAGCGAUAGCACCUCAGACAUUGUAAAUAUUUCAGAAGACAAUAGCUUGAGUGAUAGUCUAGUUGAUGGGCAAUCAAAAGAUUCUGUCAGGACUUCAUCCACUGAGAAUGCAGGAGCAGAUUUGUCCAGAAGUAGUUUGCUCACAACGUCUGAGCUGGGCUUAAGGUCAGAGGCCAGUCUAUUUGUAGAUGGUGUGCUACAAGAGGCUGUGAAGAAAUACGAGGAAUCGUCAUCCAGUGAGACAAGCCCUGUGAAAAUCAGAAGUCUUGCUCUGGAUUCAGAAUUCUUCCAAGAAGACGAGGAACUUGCCACUCCCUGUGGGGAAAUGUUGACAGAGCAUUUCAUGGAUUUUGAAAGUGGCAGGAAUGUUAGUGUAUUUUGUAGCAUACCUGAAAAUAGAAAUGAAGACCAUCUUCUAGCGUAUGACAGAGUGGCUCACACCAUUGGUAACAGAGAAGUUGAUUCAGAUACUGGUAAAAGUCUCAGUGUCUUUAGAAUAGAAGAAGAUGUUUUCUAUGAAAUUCAAAGAGCCAGCACAUGCACAAGUGUCUUUGAAAGCGUAGAAGAGGAAGAUGAAGAUAUGAUUGAUACAACCAUUCCAGUUGAAGAGCGACCCGAAAAGACUUUAUCUACUUCUGCGUCUUUCCCCAGCUAUGAUAAAGAGAAAUUUGGUACCUCUGAUGACCCAUUCAGUGCUGAUUGUGAUGCUUUUGAGGAUGCUGUUGGUGCUUUUCUUUCAAAGGAGAGAUUAGCUCAUAAUGAGUUGAGAAAUAGAGCCAAAUCUGAUUUUAGUGGAGCAACUGAGCAACAAUCAGAGGUCACUUGUAGAGCACUGGUUUUAAGGCACCCAGAAAUUGAUAUCAGUAACUCAGAUGAGAAGAAGCGAAUGGCUGAAAAGUGGGCCAAUGGGGGUGAGUCAGAAGUUCCAGAUACUCCAGAAAUGCGGGAAAAGCAGAAAGCUAUUAAAGAGGCCUUGGAUUCUGACGAUGAUGUUGCUGUGAAGCUGUGUCGUCUUGCUUUGACUGAAGGAGGGUUAAUAAAUGAUGCCCUGCGACGUGAAGCUUGGCCAAGAAUGCUUGGCUUAGAUCCAACCCUGGAGGUGAAUGCUCCGUCUUUGGAAGAUCUUAAAUCACAUCCGGAAUACGAGCAAGUUGUUCUAGAUGUGAAUCGAUCCCUGAAAAGGUUUCCACCUGACAUUCCUAAAGAUCACAGGGAAACUCUCCAAGACAAAUUGACUCGUUUGAUUAUGUAUGUGAUAUCUAAACAUCCACACCUCCGAUAUUACCAAGGCUACCAUGAUGUAGCUGUUACAUUUCUUCUUGUGGUCGGAGAGAGUAUAGCUUUUCAAAUAAUGGAAAGAUUGUCUACGGAGCACUUAUCAGACUGCAUGCAGCCAACAAUGGAGCGCACCUCUUACCUGCUCCACUUUAUUUAUCCUCUUCUGCACCGUCUUCAUCCUACCUUAGCAGAUUACUUAGAGAGGUCUGAAGUGGGGACCAUGUUCUGUUUGCCGUGGUUCCUCACUUGGUUCGGCCACAGCUUGGACCACUACAAGGAUGUCGUUCGUCUGUAUGACCACUUCCUGGCUUCGCCUCCACUGGCCCCCCUGUACGUUGCGGCUGUCCUGGUGGCUCAUCGUGCUGAUGAGGUGCUUGCUGUCGACUGCGACAUGGCUGCCAUCCACGCAUUACUCUCGCACAUACCAGACUCCCUCCCUCUGGAGAUUCUCCUCCGUGAUGCUACAGAGCUGUACAUGAAGUUCCCUCCGCAAAGCAUUGAGAGAGAAGUGGAGGAAAGGUUCAGGAACGAGCAGGAGACGGAGGCCAGGGAGAGGGUGCGCGCGUUGCGGCGCCGGCACGCGCGCCGCACCGCCAGCGGCACGUGGCAGCUCGCGGAGAUCCAGGAUCGCAUCGGCGGCUCCAUGAUGGUGCUCAAUCGCUGGAUGCCGCCGUGGGUGGUGCAGCAGCAGCGUCUCUCGAUGCGCUUGCUGUUUGCCUCAGCCACGUUCUUUGUAGGAUUUUAUGUAUAUUCUAGAGGAGGAGAUAUGCUCCCGUACCCCUAGCAGAAGCAACACACAACCUUCCCCGUGGUGUUGAUCUCAAUAUUUCCUUGAUUUAGCCUUUGCAUUCCACUUAGAAGAAGCAGAUUGACUUUGCAUUGUAUGGUUACUAUACCCUGCUUUCUUUUGUGUCUGUGUUCUUUCUCACCCUAGAUCUAUUAUAAAUUUUCUCUCUUUUUUUUUCUUUACUUGUGCUUCAGUGAUUGUUUUUCUUUUUUGAGUAAGUUUUUAUGUAAAUUACACCAAAUAAUGUUAUGAGGGCUGUGUGAAUUCUUGAGUGCGAAACACUCCUGCAAUGUGGUGGCAAUGUGAGACUGAUAUUAUGUACUGGCAUAUCUUUAUAUUAUUAUGUCUUAAAGUGGGGCCUUCUCAUGUUCAUGUUGUAUUGGAAUAGCAUUUUCUGUGUAUGUCCAUUUAUUUCUUGUGUAGUUUGCUUAGGCCUCACUUAUUUUUCUAUUUAUAGAAUAUUUUAAUGUUUCACUUUUAAAGUGUACAAAAUGUUAAUAAAAAUAAAAAUUAGAGAGACAUUAAGUUUUGUUGAACUAGUCACUGUUAAUGUUACAGAAUUUACACUAGUACUUUGAGUGAAUUGAGUAUGCUUGGUUAUCCCAGUUUCUCAUUAGUGUGGUACAUUUGUUAUUGUCGAAAGUAUGUAUUCACUAUGUACUUUGGUCUGUUUUAAAAUUUGAAAAAAUAUAAAUUAUGUUAUUGUUAUGUUUUUGUGUACCAAACUUGAAACCUAGGGAUACUAGUGCUACAGUAGGUGAAUAUUUGGAAAAUUGUUUCUUGUUUGAUUUUGUCUAGAAUGAUUGAAGAAACAAUAGCUCAAAAUUACACUCCUCUGUGCCUGACUACAUUUACUGUCUUCAGCAGCAGACUUCAGGUUCUUCAUAUUCAUUGUACUAUAAGCUUACUACCACACACUCAUGAUUAACUGAAUUCCUCUACUUUUAUUUCCAUGGUGCAAUAUAUGCUCUGUAAUACUUGCUCAGGAGUUUUAGAAAUGUUUUAGUUUUGGAAAUUAUGAUGUCAAACUUUCUUGUGUUUAAAGUUUGUUGUGUUGAGUGAGUGAUGUUGUGCACUUGUUCUAAUGCACAACUUAGAGUUUUAUGAAGCUAAAAAUGACAAAAUGAGAAUGGAAGGAACAGGUUUGUAAGUUUCUAUGUAAUGGUAAGAAACUAAGGUUUAAGGUUUUGUUAUGACAGCUUGCUUUGAACGCCAUUUUCUCAAAUAAACUACUCUACUCAAUAAAUAUCA